AUGAUUCAGCUCCCUUCUAUCCACCCUCUUUUUACUACCACCAUCAUGGUUCCCUCUCAACCCCAUUAUCAUGGUUCAUUUCCUCCACCACCACCAUCAUGGAUCAUGGUUCCUUUCCACCACCACCGUCAUGGUUCCUUCUCACCACCAUUAUCAUGGUUCAUUUCCACCACCACCACGGUUCCUUCUCACCAUCAUUAUCAUGAUUCAUUUCUACCACCACCACCAUCAUGGAUCAGGGUUCCUUUCCACCACCACCACCGUCAUGGUUCCUUCUCACCACCAUUAUCAUGCUCAUUUUUUAUUUUCUUUUGUUGUCUCCUUUCAUUUCUCUUUUUCAUUUCUUCUUUUCUUUCUUUUUCUUUCUACUUAUUUAUCUUAGCCACCAUUUUUCCUAAUCAAUAUCUCUCCAAUUUUCUCUUUUUCUUGUUCUUUCUCUUUUUCCUUCAUCUUUAUUUUUCUUCAUCUUUCGUCCACUUUUCUGUCUUUUUAUCUCUUAUUCUUUCUUUCUCUUUUUCCCUCACCAGUUCUUCCACUUCUUCUAUAACUUCUUCCAGAAACAUUCCUCCUACAAGUCAAAAUAAGGAAGCAAAUAACAGAUAUCUACCCUCUCUCUUUUUUUUUAGCUUUUCUUUCUUGGCUCCAAUUGUCUUCUUGCUUUUUCUUUUCCUUAUUUUUUUUUCCUUCUCUCCUCUCUAUAAUCUUGCAUGUUUCUCUCUCUUUGUUGCUACCAUACUUUUUAUUGUUUUCUUUCUUUUUUACUUUCUUUUUCUUUUUUUCCUCUAUAUUCUCAUUUUCAUUUCUCUCUAUUUGUUUUUUAUUCUGCUUUUCUUUGUGUUUCCUUCAUUGUCUUCCUAG